AUGCGGUUCAUCUCUAGUUAGGAAUUGAGUUGGCAAAAACAUGUAAACGUUGAUAGAUCAUGCCCAUUUAAAUCUCAUUGGGCAAUCAUGGCUGAAGAGACCAUUAUUCUUAUUUUGUUAGUUUUGGUUAUGCUUGUUGGGUCGUACUUGGCAGGGAGCAUACCGAUGCUAAUGAAAUUGAGCGAGGAAAAGCUCAAAUGUGUCACUGUGCUGGGCGCCGGUUUGUUAGUGGGUACUGCUCUUGCCGUUAUAAUACCAGAAGGUAUUCGAUCAUUGUAUAUGGGUAAUGGGCGACCACAAGAUCUGACUCCAGAGCACCAAGAUUACUCGCAGACCAUCGGACUUUCUCUUGUGCUGGGUUUCGUCUUCAUGAUGUUAGUGGACAUAUCACAGCGGAAAAGCAAUGUCGGAAGUGACAAAAAGAACAAUGCCACCUUAACUCUCGGAUUGGUGGUCCAUGCUGCAGCUGAUGGUGUGGCUUUGGGGGCAGCAGCCACGACCAGCCAUCAGGACGUUGAGAUAAUUGUAUUUUUAGCUAUAAUGCUUCAUAAGGCACCAGCAGCAUUCGGGCUGGUAACUUUCUUACUGCAUGAGAAGGUUGACAGGCAACAAAUUCGAAGACACCUAGCAUUGUUUUCCCUGUCAGCACCUCUUUUGACUAUUUUAACGUAUUUUGGAAUAGGCCAGGAGCAGAAGGAAACGUUAAAUUCUGUUAAUGCCACUGGGAUAGCAAUGCUAUUUUCGGCCGGAACAUUUUUGUACGUUGCCACUGUUCAUGUCUUACCAGAACUUACCCAGGGGGGAUUAUCACAGAGCGAUCAGCAUGAUUACCGUUUACUAGAGGAAUCUCGAGAUGUUGUUACUAAUGACAAAAGUGGAAAUAAUAGCCUACACGCUUUAAAAUAUAGUGAACUAAUAAUUAUGAUUUGUGGUGCGCUGCUCCCGCUAGUUAUAACAUUUGGACAUAAGCACUAGGAUAGCAUAUCAACAUUCCUGGCAAGUAAGAUUUAGUAAAAGUUUGGGGGAUAAUAUGCAAUAUAAUUUGUGUUCAAACUAUAAUGCGAUAAAUAUGUAUAUUACACUUGAAAACAUUUCAGUGAAUUUGUCUAAUUUAUUGUCGUAAAAUGAAACAUUUAAAAUAAACCAUUGAAAAGACGCAUUUGGUCAAAUGUAA